AUGGAGACUGUUUUAGCAAUAAAUCGUUGCGCUGAACUUUGGUCUGAUGAAUUGGCACACAAAUGGUUUAAUGGUAAAAAGAUGAUUCUUUGGCUCGGCAUUCCAACAAUUUAUGGAAUUCUUAUGUCAUUAUGCACACGACCAUUAAUUUUUAGCGGAAUAUAUUUUAGCUGGUUUUUCAAUCCACAUGUGGAUUAUAUUGAUGAUACUAAUGGAAUUUAUGAGAAUAUAAUCCAUACAAUUCAUAACAAUAUAAUUUUGGUUAUGUUAGUUGUUACCUAUGUAGCUUUUUACCUUAUUUUACUUGCAAGAUCUAAAGGGAGAAACCAAUCUUCAGAUCAACAUAGCUUUUCUGAAAAAAUGAUUUUUGUUCAAGUCCUUUUGAUUAGUUUAAUUAACGCUACUGCUGCUUCAAUUUAUGUUUAUAUGCAAUAUUUCCAUGUUAACGAAAUGUUGAUUAUAAUUGCACAAUUAGCUUGGGUUAAUGCUCAUGGUGGGGGGUUUUUUAUUAAAUAA